CGGGGAACAUUUUGACGUCGGACGAACAUGACUGCUCAGGCCUGUGGGGUAACGUUACGGAUUCUACGAUGGACUUGGAGGAAUGGCCCUCUCUGCAGACCAUCCACAGUUCCUGCCAAAGAGUCAGACACAGCAGCAUUAGCGGGCCUUUGUCGAGCGCUGUGUUCCACUCCGUUGCCUCCUCCGUUCAUAAAGCAUCCCGGAAAAGAGUUAACGAUGCGAUCAUUGGCCGAAAUGGGCUUCUCAGAGACCCAGGCUGAGAUGGUGUAUGAUGGUGCAAAGAAAAACAGAUGCAAACAUGAUGCACCUAUACUGGUAGGUCUCUUCGCCCUUGGCUUAAACCCCACCAGCGUGGUGAAGAUCUUGGAGAAGUGUCCAGAGCUAUAUGCUGUUAAAGAGUCUCAGUUACAGCAGCGGAUUGCAAAUCUGAGGAAACUUGGCCUACUUGAAGGCAGUCUACAGAGGGUGAUAAGCCACUACCCUCAGAUCCUGACUCUACCUGUGAAGAGAGUGAGCGGUGUGUCUCGGCUCCUACGAGAAAAGUGCCAGUUCACGACUCAGCAAGUGACUGACAUCCUCCGAGACUCCCCUCACGUUGUGCAGGAAGAGCACACACGUCUGGAGUACAUGUUUCAAUAUGCAUAUUUCCGCAUGGGCUGCCGGCAGGCCGAGAUGGUGAAGGCUAAGCUUUUCCGGCUUUCUAUGGAGGAGCUGCAGUGUCGCCAUAGUUUCCUGGAGCGCAGAGGACUCUACCAAACGCCUGACAAGAAGGGCCAGACGCUGAUCCUUAACCCUCGACUCAAAGACUUUCUGCUUGUCUCUGACGAAACAUACCUCAGCAGGAUCGCCAUGGCGACUCAGGAGGAGUUUGACGUGUUCCGGAAACUCAUGGCGAGAGAGCAGGAGGAAGAGAGAAAGCAGGAGCACGGCAAUGAUGAUGUUGAUGGGGUGGAGGAGGAGAUGGAGGAGGAGGAGGAAGAUUGGGACAAAGGUCAGAACACUGGUUACAAUAAGAAGACAAAACAAAGAAGAGAGUCAUAAGAAAAUAUCGGCACCAAACUGUUAAUUUUCUCAUUUUAUUAGUGUUUAAAAGGUUGGAAUCACUUAAUAAUUGCUGUUGUAUUUCAAGAUGUUUUAUGCACUAGUUCAAGUUGUCUGUGAACACCAAAAAUGUGUUAAAUGAUAAAUAACACUGUACUUUUUUUAUUUGUAGUAAUCUCUUCAUUAUCUGUCUAAAAUGAUCAUGUAUCAAAUAUAA